AAAAUUCUUCAAUAUAUGAUAUAAUUAUCACAGUGCUGUUUAAACUACUGGGCACCUGGGAUUUACUUUUACUUUUACUUUUACGUUUACUUGAAGAACAAUGCUGUUCCAAACAGCAGCAAGGCAACGUCGAGGAUCACGAGCUUAUUAAUACGACAAAAUUCUGGGUCAGAGAUCAUCGGCGAGCGAGAUGCAGUCGCAAGGUGGUUCAGAAUGCCUCCUGCCUGAGCACGAAGACAUCUUGAUGAAGAAGAUUCUGCAGACGCAUGCUCCGGAAGAACACCAAGUUGAUUCUGCCUCUCUGCUCGAUCUAACUGAGAGAAUAUUUCUCAACUUCGCAGUGUCAAGCGUACGAAAGGACUGCAGAAGCAAGGAGGAUGCGAAGAUUGUCAACGCUGUGAAAGAGCUAGGAAUCACAGUACAUCAUAUGUCAUGCGAGAUGCUCCAGCAUAUUUCUACAGAUCGUCCACCGAAAGCGACUACAUGUGUUCUCCUGGAGUCGUUGGAGAGACAUCGAUGGAGCACGAAGCUGACUAUCGUUCUUGCAGCAUUGGCAUCGAGCUACGGCAAUUACUGGCUCAUCGCACGCUUCUGCCUCACCAAUCCUCUUGCCUUAUCGCUCGCAGCUAUGAAGGGUCAGCUAAGGAACAGUCUGAAAACAACUACCAUAUUGAACUAUCGGUUAAAGGCUUUGCGAUAUCUUCUUGAGAAAAUGGUCAGCGUGGCGAAAUGUGUGAUGGCGUUCGAAAUACUGCCGACGAACUAUGUGAGCCAAGAUUACGAAGCCUUGGCAAUGAUGAAGAACCAAGUCCAUAUAGCUUCCUACUGGGUGAUCCGAAGUUCAGUAGAGUGUGCUUCGCAGAUUACUAGCACAAUAGCUUCGGGGGUCGAAUCGAACUUGCAGGCAAAGGUCACACCUCAAGUAUGGGAACUCUGGAGUUUAGCUAAAAAGAUCAGCUACAUAUAUGAGGUUUUAAGAAAUAACUUUGAUGCCUUCAGUCAACAAAUAGAGAAGAAAGUACAUUUGAGACUCGUGAAUUUAUUUGCUGGAGUUCAUGACAACAACCAGGAUGUUCUAUACACAUUAUUUGCUCAAAAGGAUGAUUUUCCCCUCAGGGAUUCUUGCUCACAGGAGAAGGUUGGUGUUAAUGUAUUAAGUAACAAAGUAGUGAUGCUCUUCAUCUCAAGCCUGAACAUAUACCCGGAAAAGCUUCUUCUCGUGGUACAACAAUCAGAGAAAAAGAUUCAUAAUAGGCCAGAAGAAGAAUAUGAGAUUGUUUGGAUUCCAGCAAUGUUUUCCGCACAAGAAGUCGAAAGAAGAGUGUACGACCAAGUAGUCGACAUUCUCCCAUGGUACUCUAUCACCGAACCUUCGAACUUGAGCUCAUCGGUUAUGAAAUUCAUAAAAGAAGUAUGGCACUUCCAAGGAGACUCCAUGAUGGUGGCCUUAGAUCAUGGCGGAAACGUAUCCUCCCUAGAUGCAUUCGAUAUGGUCGCAAUUUGGGGCUCGAAAGCUUACCCAUUCACAACUUCAAAAGAGAGGGAGCUAUGGGAAGAACAAAGAUGGACAAUGGAACUUCUACUAGACAGCAUAGAUCCGCUUUUCUCCUAUUGGAUGGAAGAGAGAAGAAUCAUCUGCCUCUAUGGAACUAAUGAUUUAGGAUGGGCUCGAGAGUUGAGCAAAAAAAUGAAAGCCCUCAGCGAAGCUGGAGUCCCAGUAGAGCUCAUCUACGUGGGAAGCAACAUGCAGGAGCAAACCUCAAGCACACUGACAAGAAUCAUGGAGGAGAAACUGAGCAGGUACUUGUCGCACGUAAACAUCAGGAUCUUCUGGCUGCGUUUGCAGAGCAUGCGAAGUUCGAGGCAGAGACUUGGGUACGCAAGUGAAUCUGACGACUCCAUCACGCAAGAGAUAGACUCCUUGCUGAGCUCCGACACACGAAGCUCCGGCUGGCUGCUGGUCGGUGAAGGGGCGUCCGGUGAAGUUCUUAAGCUUUGGGGUAAUCAAGUGUUGGAGUCUCUGUCAAACCUCCAUGCAUGGGGGCAGAAGAUUAGGAGGUUGGGAUUCUUGGGCGCCCUCCUGAAAUCCCUCGGCACUUCGGCCACAGAACCCUGCGAUUAUUCCGUCGUGACCCCUUUCUCAGAGAGCUCCAUUAAUGGAGAGUCGUCGGUUUGCAAGAAGUGCAAGUCUAUAAUGGAGAAGCACAUCAUGUAUCAAUGCGGGACGUGUUGAAGUCGUUCCAUUAUAAACAUGAGAUUCUCGUGUGUUGAUCCUGUUUUUUGGGAUUAAAGUUGAGAAUUAGAUCCACUUUAGAUCUAUAUGCUCGAUCCUCUGAGUACUGUUUAUUAUUUUAAUGAG